UUUAUUUGUUUGUGUUUUAGUUGGUUAUGUUUGUAUUUCGUUAUGUUCUGUUUAUUGUCAGAUAUAUACAUAUCUAUGUAUGUUUAUUGUGAGAUGUAGUAACUAUAGCAACCGCGGCGCCCAUUGCUUUAUGUUGCCAGGAACUACCGUGACACGCUUAGAAUAAACAUUUAGGUAAGGGUGACAGUUAAGACGUUUGUUGCAACGCUCUUAAAGAAAUCCCUUGCCUCAGGGAAUUUUUUCCCCUCAGGGAUAACCCUAAAUCAAAUUACUUAAGGACUUUCAUUCAACCGGGCCCAGGCUACACGAGACUAUCCAGGUACUGACCAGGCUCAACCCUGCUUAGCUGCAGAGGGCAACCAGUCUUGGGCUGCAGCGUGAUAUGGCUGUGGCUUUGCUUUAUUGCUCUUUAUGAGUUUUAUAUUUAUUUGUUUUGGACUAACAGAGAAACUUAAAAACACUUCCUGUGUGAUUAAGUGAGAUAAGGCAGAGAAGUUUCGUUUCUAAAUAAAAAGCCCUCACAGGCGUGGCGUAAUUCAGAGGGAAAGCCUUUAAAAACCAGCAGAGGAAAGAUCUCUCAGUCUUCACAAGACACAGCAGAAGAACAUCACACUUUUCUCGAGGACAUAAACCUCAGAAAAUGGAAACUACAGCAAACUUCAUCCCAAGAAAAAAUGCUCGCCGAGCAGUAGAGAUAGUCUGUGAGGGAAAAUUCAUUGCAAUUAAAGAUUUGAAAAUAAAUGAUGACAUAAAAAGAGAAACUAUUUCCCGUUAUCUUUCAAAAGACAUCCCCGAAUAUCCAACUCCUGUUGAAUUUCACAUCACAGAAGUGGCUCACGUCACUAACAAGACAAGCCUUGAGGACAUUUGGGACUCAGAGGGAUUCGAGGGUCUUGAUAGAGAUUCGUUAUCAUGGUGGAGCCCGAAGAUUAACGAAGCAGAUAUAAGAGCAGCCGAGGAGCUUUAUCUCGAUAAAUUGUUCCCAGACAUUACCAAAGAAGAAAAAGCAGCUCAUCCACCGUUUCUGAGUGAAUUCACCACAUCACCCUUGUUCCUGAACAAAACCUCACGCUACGGCAACUUCCGCUUCACAUUUCCUCUGAAUGAACUGAUGGAAGCCUACAAGAAGCAGAAAUGUGAGGGUCAAGAGCCAGUUCUCCGGAUAUAUGAGACCAAACUUUUCAAACAAGAGAUUGAGUAUGUUGUUCUUGCUCACAGCCCUGAGUUCAAUGAGCAGUUCAAAGAUUUUCCACUGCUAACAUCCAGCCCAUGGGUUGCUUAUGACGGCCAUCGAAUCAUCUGGAAAGCCCAAGCCAUUUGUGAAACUCACAACUUCCAACUGGUAACCCGUGGAAAGACAGCAAUGCCAGAACCCUUGUAUUCACAUGAGUGGUAUGUGUGGGAUGAGGUUAGCCUUGUCUUUCACACCAAAGACGUUCUGACCAUCCCUAAAAGAAAGCUGAAGGCAAGCCUCAGUUGCUGUGAACUGGAUCAAGAUGUAAACCUUUCAAAAGGAGAAAACUGCUCUUCCCUUAAUGAAGCUGAGGAAUUAAUUAAAGGAUUGCAGUAUGAUGAUGAAAAAGAAGAUGAAAAAGAAGAACAUAAAUCCGCAGAGGUGAAAAUAGAAACGGACUAAAGUGUGCAAAUUAUGUAACAUAGUUUUGUGGCUUUGUAGGGUUUUGCUUUUUCUAACAAAUAGCUUGAGGUGAAAUUGUAAAUUAAUAAGAUAAAUAAAUAAAAGG